UACUAUAGUAGAAGAAGAGCACCAUGAUACAAACAGCUGCGAAUACAUAGCUAUGGUAGCUAGCCAAAAUAUUUACACAUUUAACGCUUUAAUUGUGUCAAUGGGUGGUGAAGACAAGACAGUAAAACUGAAACUGUGUUUAUUUUCUGAUAUGACUGUAGUAAAAGGCAUUUAGCAAAACUGAUGUACUGCUAAUCAAUUAGCUUCUAAGCUAGCAGGACGUGCGCUUCAGCUAUCUGUCACCGGUUGUUUGUUUUCUCUGAAGUAGUCUGCUCUUUUAUAACACAUGAGUGUGUCUCUGGUUGUAAUCCGUCUGGAAUUAGCCGACCAGUCUCCUUCUCCUCAAGGUUUCCAAUAUUCAGCUGUUGAAGGCAUGUCAGAAGAGGACCUGCAGGAGAAAGCUCUGGGCUUGGCCAAACUCACGCUGAGCGGAAAGACAGAUCUAGAAAAAGCCACUAUACUGCACCAGCACAUUGGCAGCAGAGCCAUGGGCGACAUGGUUAUAGAAACCUUUGAACCCAGCCCUGAUAAAGGAGGAGGUGAGGAGCCCAGUGAUUCAGCAGAACAGACUGGUGAAACUCAGGUUGCAGAGACUGAAGCAGACAGUACUGAGGGCUCACAGGACGACAGUGCAGCUUCAGGCACUGCUCCAGACUCCCCAUCCAAACAGCUGCCGGAACAGAUCUCUUUCUUUAGUGGGAACCCCUCUGUGGAGAUCAUCCACGGUAUCAUGCACCUCUACAAAACCAAUAAAAUGACAUCACUGACUGAAGAUGUGAGGCGCAGCGCUAUGGUGUGCAUCCUGACUGUGCCGGCCACAAUGACCAGUCAUGACCUUAUGAAGCUGAUGGCACCAUUUAAUGAAGUCAUGGAGCACAUGAAGAUCAUACGUGACUCCACCCCAAACCAGUACAUGGUUCUGAUCAAGUUCUCUACACAGGCAGAUGCAGACAGUUUUUACACUACGUGUAACGGCCGCCAGUUCAACUCCAUAGAGGAUGCAGUGUGUCAGCUGGUCUAUGUGGAGAGAGCCGAGGUUAUAAAGUCUGAGGAGGGAGCCAGUUUGCCAGUGAUGGAGUUGACUGAGCUGCCAAAGUGCACCGUGUGUCUGGAGAGAAUGGAUGAGUCUGUUAAUGGCAUCCUCACCACUCUCUGCAACCACAGCUUUCACAGUCAGUGUCUCCAGCGGUGGGAAGAUGCCUCGUGCCCUGUGUGCAGGUACUGUCAAACACCAGAACCUGUGGAAGAGAACAAGUGCUUUGAGUGUGGCGUACAGGAGAACCUGUGGAUUUGUUUGAUCUGCGGGCAUAUUGGUUGUGGCCGCUACGUUAGCCGGCAUGCCUACAAGCACUUUGAAGAAACACAGCAUACCUACGCUAUGCAGCUCACCAACCACCGUGUCUGGGACUACGCAGGAGAUAACUAUGUGCAUCGUCUGGUGGCCAGUAAGACUGACGGAAAGAUGGUGCAGUAUGAAUGUGAGGGAGACACCUGCCAUGCUGAGAAAAUUGAUGCACUUCAACUAGAAUACUCGUACCUGCUGACAAGUCAGCUGGAGUCUCAAAGGAUUUACUGGGAAAAUAAGAUUGUUCAUCUCGAGAAAGAAACAGCUGAGGAGAUAAACAACAUGAAGUCUAAAUUUAAGGAGACUCUGGAGCGCUGUGAUAACCUGGAGCGCCGGUUAGGAGAAAUAACCAAAGAGAAGCAGGGCAUAGAGAAGAAGUGUACACAGCUGAAUAGUCGAGUGGUGAAGCUGAGCCAGGAGCUGAAGGAGGAGCAGGAGAUGAACCGUUGUCUGAGGGCCAACCAGGCACAACUCCAAACACAGCUGGCUGAUGACGAACGGAAAAGCAAAGAAACCGGAGACCGUAAAGACGUGACCAUAGCUGAACUGCAGGAGCAGCUGAGAGACGUGAUGUUUUAUCUGGAGACGCAGCAGCAGAUCGAGCACCUUCCCCCCGAGGCUCGCAGUGAAAUUCAAGAGGGGCAGAUCAACAUCGCUGCCAGUCCGUCAGAUGACGCCCUGGGCUCAGUGGGGGCUGGCCCAUCCUCCAGCAGAGGCAGAAGAGGCCGGGUCAGGAAGAGGAAGUAGACGCUGGUUCAAGCUUACUGGAACAUGCCAGAAAACCUUAUCGCUGCCUCUCAGUGGGACGCAUGUAAAUGACCGAGCUCUGUCUGUUUGUUUAACAUGUGUCUGAAUCAUCGUGGAUCUCCACAGAGCACUCGGAGAUGAAGAAUGAUAUGAAAACAAGACAGUAAAUAAUGGUGGUAUUUAACUGUACAUCUUUCCUUUUGAAGGUUAGACAGCUUCUGCAGUGUGAUAAGUGUUGAAGCAGGGGAAGUGUGUCUUCAGAGACACAAUAUCCCUUCUGGUUUCCAAAUAUGUGAUGUAAAUAUGUUCUGCUAUUUCCAAAUAGAAAGAAGUAUCUAUUUUGGCCAUAAAUGCUAUUUAUUUGAUCAAAGUUAUUCAUUUGCUGCAGUAAUAUUGUUCUGUUGUGCUCAGUUCUUAUCAGAGUCAACACUCCACCUUUUUGUCUCAUAUGAAAACUGGGCAAAUGUGUGAAAGUGGAGUUUUACUUGGUUUUAAAGUUUUUGUCCUUAUAUCCUAAAUAUUUUUAGGCUACACUUUUUUUGGUUGACUUUUCUGGAAGAUCCUGAAAAAGGUUGGUUUCUGCAAAACCAGAGAAUGCUGAAAAUGACUGAAAAAGUGAAAGACCCAGAGCAGACGCAUUUCCUCUGUUCAGUUGUGUUAAAUGUAUGGCUCUUAAUGAUUCUGCGCUUUUGGUCAGUGUUGCAACAUCCAGUGACGGAAGCCAGUGCCCACUACUGACAGGAAGCGUAUUGAGAUGACCAGAAAGUAUAUUUUCCACUACACCAUCUGCAGCAGGUCAUGUUUUCUGAUCAGGCCUAUACAUGUGCCAUAUAUACAAAACACUGAGCACCGUGUGUUUUUACAAAACACUGGAGUGACCUAUGACCCCUCUGGAGAAACCAACCAAAACAAGACUUAAGUCUGCUGAUCAAGCGAGAAAUCAAGCUGAGGCCGCUUUAGUCACUCCUCUGAAAUAUUUUUUGUACUCCAGUUGUACAUUGUAAGUUAGACAAUAUUCAUGUGAAAGCUUUAGAUGUAUCCAAAUGGCCUUAAUUCAGAACUGUGUUGCAGACUUGAAACCAUACACACUAAACAAGGUAGAAAGAAGGAAAUUUCUAUGCAAGAGAUUCUUUUGUCCUACCUGAGAAACCUUUAAUACAGAGAAGUCCACAGGAAGCAGCACUGACUGGUACCAUACAAAAUCUGUCAGAGAGCUACAGUCACUUUAUAUCUCAUACUGUGUUUUCAGAACGCUGUUAUCAAAUGUCAACAAAGCACACUUUCCAACAUAAUAGUGAAAAUGCAUUUAUUUCUGUUUGAUCUCAUUGUUGGAUCUGAAAUCUUGUUCUAGCGUUCAAUAAAUAGUAUUUGACAGCUC